AUGCGAUUCGUGGCCGAAAAGACAUCCAUCCCAGUACCCAAAGUAUACUGCGCUUUCACCGACAAAGGCGCAACGUACAUCGUCAUGAGCAUGAUCCAUGGCCACAUAGCCUCCCACGGCUGGGAUGCCCUCCCCGAGGAAUCGAAAGCUCGUAUACUCCAGCAGCCACGGCAAAUGAUACAAGAACUUCGCUUCAUCAAACCUCCCAAGACAAUAGGUAUUGCCAAUUCAGCCGGCGGCCCGUUUAUGAUUGUCGUUUACUUCCAAGCUAUUCUGGGGUCUCUAUACAUCAAUUCACGAAUUCCACGAGGCAUUGAUAAAUGA